AUGGAAUUUUUUUUCUUAGUUGACAUUUAUUUGUUUAAAAUCUGGUUGCAGCAUGAGAGAUAUGUUGAUGUAUCCGUCAAAUGCAGGAUUGGUGAAAAUGUUAUAUUUUCUCUUGAUCAAAAGGGAGUACUUCCAAGCUCAGAUGAUGGAUCUCUUAUCAUCGAUACCGGUCGAUGUAUUCUUCUUCCAAUGACUGUUAAUCCUUGUUCAACGCGUCAAUUUCCUGAUGAUCCUGUUACUAUAGAAAUUAUAGAAGGCGAACCAGAUGAAGACGAUCCUAGUUUAUCUUCUGCCAAUGAUGAUGUCAAACCAGAACGAGUGGCUUAUAUCACGACUACUGUACCAUGGGAAGUCAGUAUCCCCGAAGAAAAGGCGUUAGUCAGACAUCAUAGUCCUUCUUUAAAUACAACUGGAUAUGAGAAUGUUAGGAAAACGUACAAUCUGACGAAUACCAAGACAUUGUUAAAAGUUGGGUAUAUAGAUUUGGGAUUGAGAUUGACUUGUAUGGGAACCAAUAUUUGGAAUAGGCUUAAAAAAAUGAACAAGUUCAAACAACAAUCAAGCGAAUCUGACAGGAGUCCUAUAAUCAGUGAACCGCAAACGGAAGAUGAAAAUGUAUUAUCACAAAGAGAAGAAGAAACCUCUAUUAUUAUUGGAACAGAUGAUGAAUCUUCAGUGGAUACUCGUACAACCGUUGCUACAAAGUUCCCCACAAUUAAAAAAGAAGUCUUUAUCGAAAAACCAACGAAAAGAGUUACAAUUUUUGACUCAAAGAAAGAUAUGAAAGACACGCUAUCAAAAAUUUUAAUGAGACUGAUGAAAUAUGAGGCUGACACUUUUGCCCAUCAAACUCCUCAUAAUGUAGUGGAAGGGUUCAAUGUAAAUGUUUGUGAUACCAAGUCUUGUCCUAAUCCACCCAGAGAUCGCUAUGAUGCAGGUUUGCAUUCUUGCUCUGAAAUCUUUGGCCCUGGUUCAGCACGAGCAAAGUUUUGCAGAAAAUCUAAAAAGAAAGAAUUUUCUGUGAAAUUGCCGUGCACGAACAAGACAUGUCUUGCACGUCAACCUAUGGCCAGGCCGACCUGUGGUCCUUGCAUUCCUGAAACAAGACCACCUGGAGUCUGUUGCCCCAUACCAGGAAGAAUUUGUCAAGAUUGCGGUGGAUUUUCAGCGUCUGGGCGGACUUGUCAUAGUUUAAAAGUAUGGAAAAAGAAGAAUCCACCAUCUGUAAAGCGAGCAAAAGAAAGGGAGAGGAAACAGAAAACAAUCUAUGAUUGUCUUAAGGUUUGUCCUUCUUCCACAAUAACGUCCAAAAAAGUACCAUAUCCAGGCACAUGUUAUCCACAUGGUGUUCCAGAUGAUGGCGGUGGUGCCUGCAUUUUACAAGAUGGGCCUAAGGUGCAACCAAAAAUAUUACGAGGACCCAUCCGCGUUCCAUUUGGUGCUGGUCGAGAAAUGCCUUUGCGACGACCGAAAGUGAAUAUUCCCGUCCCGGAAGAGAGCGCCUACGUUUACUCUGCAGGGGAGCGCAACCCUCCUGCACGCGACAGGCAUCAGGACUGUGGCGUAAAUGUUGCUGGCAAAAAAGUACCACCGAAUAUGGGAUGGCUUUGGUCUCAUAGACCUUUGCCAGGCGUGAAAAAGCUUCCAGGAGAUUGGCGUCCAGGUUAUAUCAAUGAAGACAUAAAAGCACUGGCAGAAGAAAGGCGAAGAAAAAUGUUGGAAAAUAAUAAAUAUCCUGCAAGCAAUACAGUGAAAAAUAAAAAAAACAAAACCACCGAAAAUAUUUACAUGGUAUUGGCGCAACCUUAUAACUCUAAAAAUAUUUUAAUUGAUGGUGUCGAAUCCCAUGUCGAAUUCGAUUUGAAAAAUUUUGAAAAAGUCGUACUUUCGGCUUCGGAUGAGACAGAAAGAGAUAUUCAACGGGAACAAGAGUGUAUUCAAAUAAUUCAAAAUAAUAUUGGUGCAGUUUGCAGAAAAAUAUGCUAUGACGUAAUAGGAGAGCUUGAAAUAUAA